AUGACGAACACGCCCGCACCCGCGCCGACAAUCGGCAUCCUCUUCCCCGGCGCCAUGGGCUCGGGCCUCGCGCGGACGCUGCACGCGCGCGCGCCGGCCAUCAGGCUGCUCACUGCCGUGAGCGGUCGCUCGAGCGCAACGCUGGAGCGUGCAGCCGCUGCUGGCCUGGAAAACCUACCGCUCGCGGACGUCGUAGCGUCCGCCGACAUCCUCGUGUCCAUCCUGCCCCCGUCUUCGGCGCUGGAGCUCGCGCGCGAUGUCGCGGCCCUGCUCAAGUCGCAGACCCGGAAGCCGAUCUACGUCGAGCUGAACGCCGUCUCGCCCGCGACGAUGGGCGAAAUCGCCGCCAUUCUUGGCCCCGACGUCCCCUUGGUUGACGGGAGCGUGAUCGGCCUGCCCCCGAAAGAGGGGUACGACCCGCGCGUGUACCUCUCCUCUGCGCCUGAGUGGGCGGACCAGCUGGCCCAUGUCGCCGAGGCGCUGGGGCAGGGCUGGACAGUCCGCGUGCUCAAGAGCGGGGGUGCGGGUGGCGCGAGCGCCCUCAAGAUGUGCCAUGGCGGUACGCAGAAGGGCGCGACGGGCCUCGCGGCCUUGUUGGUGCUCGCUGCGCACGCCCACUCGCCAGACACAGCCACGGCGCUGCUCGAGCAGCUGGCAGACACCAAGCCCGACCAGGUAUGGAAGCUGAGCACGUCGCUUCCCGACAUGAUCCCAAAAGCGUACCGCUGGGUCGGGGAGAUGGAGGAGAUUUCGAGCUUUGUAACGAGCUCGCUGGGGCUUGAUCCGUCCGACCUCAACUCGCCCGCUGCUGCCCACCUGGGGCUGGCGCGUGUGUUUGAGCGCGUCGCGGCUGAUCUGCGCGCGACGGGCACUGCGAUCGGCGCCGCCGGCGAUGGGCCGUCGGGGGAUGCCGCGGAGAUCGACACGCUGCGCAGCUGGGCGAAACAGGGCCGCGAGACACUGGAUCAGCGUGGGUACGUGCCGUCGUAG